CAUAUCCUGCUCCAUACAAACCUCGGAACUCUAACGCUUUGGAAAAUGCAUUCCACCAUCACCCUCAUCACCCUCUUGGCCACCUUCGUCGCCGCCCAGGACGUCUCGGAGCUACCCACUUGCGCCCAGGCCUGUUUCACUGACAACGUGGACACCAGUGCAUGUGCUGACACGACCGACUUCGCAUGUUUGUGCGGGGACUCGGCUUAUAACCAGGCUGUAUUGACUUGUGUUAUUGGUGCUUGUGAAUCAGCUGACCAGCUGGCGACACUGACAUGGGCUACGGACACCUGCGAAGCUCUCGGCGUUAGUCUUCAGAUUUGA